AUGGCUGCCAAUGGCGCGAGUGGAUCCACACCAGACACCGCCGGUUCAGCGGUGGUGGUGACCAAGCUAGACUUCACGUACGACGGCAUGGACAAGCCAGUGCUCAGGAAGUUCGACCUCGACCUGCCCAAAGGAAGCAGGUGUCUGCUGAUCGGACAAAACGGCGCGGGCAAGAGCACGCUCUUGCGCUUGCUGGCGGGGAGGCAUAUCACCAAGCCCGACGAGGCGGUGAUUGUUCUUGACAAGCACGCGUUCCGGGAUACUAUCCUCAACAAGCACAGGUCCUUCUUGUCCAUGGACUGGGGCAUGCGCACCAUCUCCUUCGCGGAACAGAACCAACCCUAA